AUGGCUAAAUUUCCAGCAGGUCCUGAUUUGAGGAUUGUGAUGCUUGGAAAGACCGGUGUGGGUAAGAGUGCUGUUGGAAACACCAUUCUGGGAGACAGAUAUUUCAGAUCUUCUCCUUUAUCACGGUCAGUGACUGAGGUCUGUCAGAAAGGUGUGACUCAGUGGGGUAACAGGGUAGUUAGUGUUGUAGACACACCAGGGAUCCUGGACACUGCAAAAUCAAAUGAGUUCAUCAAAAGAGAAAUUGUGCGUUGUGUUGAAGUCUCCUGUCCCGGUCCUCAUGUGUUCCUGUUGGUCAUCCAAGUGGGUCGAUUCACCAAAGAAGAGAAAAACUCAGUAGAAGCCCUGCAGGAGCUGUUUGGCCAGGCUGCAAAUCAGCACAUGAUCGUGCUGUUCACUCGCGGUGGUGAUCUUGGAGGCAUGACCAUACAGGAGUACGUACGUGAAGCUGAGGAAGGACUUCGCCGCAUCAUCCAAAGCUGUGGAAACAGGUUCCACAUCUUUGAAAACACCAGCAAAGACAGAACGCAGGUGGUGGAGCUGGUCAACAAGAUUGAUGACAUGGUGGCAGCAAAUGGGGGCAAGCACUACACAGAUGCCAUGUACAAGGAGGUGGAGGCUGCAGGUAUCAUGGGACUUAAGGCUGUUCAGUAUGAGUUCCUUGAGGCCCUACUGAAGCGUAUUCAAAAAUUUUUUCUCAUUCUUCACAGAGAUUAA